AGAGCAUCGAUUAAUGGAUAAAGCGUAAUAUGAUAUUACAUCGGCUUGUGAGAAGAAUGAAAGAUGUGAAAUUGGAAACUGUUUACGGUUGAAUGUAGGCCAAAAGGGUCCGCCCCCUCCAUAUUUUUUGAUGUGUACUCGCUACAGUAAUGUGACUCCUCAUCCCAGGAACGCAGAGAUACAAAAAAAAGAUAAGAGCUGCCUGAGCGUUAUCGUAGGAUAGCUCACGAUGAUAUCAGAACAUUAUCUUUCCGGUUUUUUUUCCCUCUCACCUUUUUUUUCAUACACCUGAAACAUAGGAGAUUCUUUGGGAGAACCUCAGUCGUCUCCAAAAUACAUCGAGGGCUGCGCGUGGAUUAACAAUUGUUUCAAUUUUCCUCCGAUGCCUCGAAAUGAGGACGAAAAAAUCAAGAAUUUAUUCCCAACCGGGACUUUUAGUGAUUUUAAUAUGCUUAAUCGUCGGUGCUGCUUUUGGACAGAAAGAGGAUACGAGCUUCGAGAGUGCAUUCGGCUUGAGUGAAUCGAGCGAAAAUUUGGAAGCCACGGAUGGCCAGGAAACCUCAAUCGUUGACGAUAAAGCACAAUUUCCGGUGGCGACAUAUCCCGAGCCAACCGAAAACGGUGAUCAUACUUCUCCCGAUUCGAUCCCCCAAAUCGAGCAUCUCGACGAAAAAUUGAACCAAGACGUUGAACCAACCGAGAACGAAGAAUCUGCCAAGGAUGUACGAGAGAGUCAAGAGGAAGUCUCGACACAAGGUAAUCCGCCUCUUAUUUCCGGUCGAAUGGGUUCAGCCAGAAGCGGAAAGUACGUCAGUUACGAUUCGGACGAUCCGGAAGCCGAUCGUUACGCACCUUCGAGCGAGGAUUCUCCACAGGAUUACGUCAUAACGGUCGAUAGAUUGAAUACGAUACGCUCACGACUGAUGUACUGGUACUUUGACCUAGGUGGCGAUGACAACAACGGCGAUUUUCAGACGGACGUCCAUUCGUCAAUGUCCCAGGUUCACAAGAACUUUAAUUUUCAGCUGCCCUUCUUCGGCUUCCGAUUCAAUUAUACCCGAGUAUCGAUGAAUGGUUUCUUGGAAUUCAGCGAUCCUCCGGAACACUUUACUUACCCGCUUGCGUUUCCGAACAAAGAUUGGCCGGAGAAAAGUGAUCCGUCUUUCAUCGGUAUAUUCUACAGCAAAUGCCGCAUCGGGACACUGAGACCGACGGAUAUCGAUCAGCGACGUCCGGGUGUUUACUAUCGACAGGAGAGAGAUUUGCAGAAGAGAACCGACCAAUUUGGAGUAGAAAUUCGGGAGCGCGCAAAAUGGGACAUACGACAGGGUGUCGUCGGUUCGGAUUCGUUCGAUCCGAAACACGUUGUUAUCGUUACAUGGAAAAAUAUGUCCUUUGCUGGUGGCAUCGAUAAUUCUCUGUACACGACGAAUACCUUUCAACUGGUACUCGUUACCGACGAGGUCUUCACUUACGCCAUUUUCAAUUAUCUCGACAUUCAAUGGACCACUCACACCGAGGCGAGCGGUGAUACGACCAGAGGGCAGGGCGGUACUCCCGCGUUUGUUGGGUUUAAUGCCGGAAACGGCACUCAAAGUUACGUGUACAGUCCGUAUUCUCAGACAACGACGAUUCGGGAUCUGCCGAGCAGAGGUUGGGCAAACGGUUUUCCAGGAAGACACAUAUUUCGUAUAGAUGAAAAAAUCAUGCUCGGUUCUUGCAACAAGGAUAUCGAUGGUACGCACUUGCCUUUGGUCUUCGCACCGGAAAGUGGAAAUAUGCUGGGCGGAACGGUGGUCAACAUAACGGGUCCCUGUUUCGAGUCAAACGACAAAGUCAAAUGUAGAUUCGACACGGAGGAUGUAUACGGUACGGUGAUCGAUAGAAACCGUGCCAUUUGCGUUCAGCCUCGUCUCAUGGUCGAGGGCUACGUGGAUUUUUCCGUCGCAAUCGGUAGCGGUAGAUACUCCUGGAGAGGCAAAUAUUUCGUUGAAACACCCGCUACGGCGACGGAGAAAAUAUUUUUUUCUACGCGAGCUGUGCACGAGCGCGCUCCUCGUGAGAUCAAGAUAACAUGGGACGCCUAUAAUUUGACAGCUAACUUGCAAGCAGGAGUACAAAUCUCUUUGUGGGGCUAUCGAGAAUCAACGAUAAGACCGGAACUCGAGUUUAUACAACUUUUGGAGGAGAACAAGGUCAACGACGGGUCUUACACAAUCGUCCCGGCUACUUACAGAAAUAGAGAUAAUCCCUUUCAGAUCGACAUGCACUUUGGUUUCAUUCAAAUUAAUUUGACCAAACCUUCCGAGUAUUCCGGCCUCGAUAUAACGCCUGUACUAUGGAGCAAACCAAUCCCGUUGGCCUGGUAUUUUGGACCGCAGUGGGAGCGUCUGUACGGUGCAAAAUGGGCGCACAGGCUUUGCGACAAAUGGAUGAAGGACGACCGUUAUCUAAAGAACUUUGCGGCUGAAAUUUCUCUCUGUCCCUGCACUUUGCAACAUGCUCUCAACGACAAAGGACGAUUCAUGCCUGACUAUCAUUGUGACAAGGAUUCCAAUCCUGAAUGUUACUACAACAGAGGGGCGAUACACUGCGUCACUACCGGAGCGCCUAAUCUGUACGGUUCGGAGCAGCAGUGUUGUUACGACAAAAAUGGGUAUUUGAUGUUGACGUAUGAUCAGCAAUGGGGAUCAAAGCCGCGGAGAUCGCACAAUUUGGGAUAUUUACCAUGGAACGAGGCGAACAAGGUGCCGAGUCUUUCGCACUGGUAUCACGACAUGGUACCAAUGUAUCUGUGCUGUUUAUGGCAAGAGGAACAAGCGGUCGGUUGCGAGACAUUCCGGUUCGAGAGGAGACCGUCACAGGAUUGCGUCGCUUAUCAAUCCCCGGCAAUCGCCACCGUUUUUGGUGAUCCGCAUGUUGUUACUUUUGACGGUCUGGAGUACACAUUCAACGGCAAAGGGGAAUUCGUUCUUCUCAGGGUUGACAAUGAAAAGGACAAGCUCGAUGUUCAAGGACGAUUCGAACAAAUGCCCAAGAAUAUUUAUGGCGAAGUUCGAGCGACUCAGCUGACUUCUGUUGCAGCUCGAGGAAAUAAUUCAGCGACGAUAGAGGUACGAUUGCGACCUCGAUGGGCGCAAUGGCGUUAUCGAUUGGAUGUAUUCGCCAAUGAACGAAGGGUUUACUUCGACCGAACCGCAUUGAAGUUUCAACACUUUCCCGGUGUCGUUGUCUACACACCGACCUACAUACUGAAUCAGAGCGAAGUCAUCAUAAUGUUUGACACCGGUGCUGGGGUCGAAGUCGUGGAGAACGAAGGUUUUAUGACCGUUAGAGCUUACCUUCCGUGGACGUAUAUGAACAAAACGAGAGGCUUACUGGGCAACUGGAGCAACGACGUACUCGAUGAUUUUACUAAUCCGGAUGGAAGUAUAGUGGUUCCUGGAAAUCUGAAUAAUUUCGCGGCGGUUCACAAGGACUUCGCAAUAAAUUGGUUAUUGCAGGAUAACGAGGAUAGGCUAAAGGGCAGGGCUUUGUUUACCCGUGAAUUUGGCCGAACGGCGAGUCGCUACGCGAACAAGAGUUUCGUCCCCGAGUACCAGAGAUAUCCGAGCGAUAUUUUGCCAGCUAAUCGUUCGGUCGAUAUCGCAAGAGCAAAGGAGCUUUGCGGUGAAAACUAUCAGUGCCAGUACGAUUAUGCGUUGACGCUCAAUCGGGAUUUGGCGCAUUUUACCAAAAAUUAUUAUGACACGUACACAGAAAUUAAAGCCUCCAACUCGAAGCGAAUUAUAACUUGCGGAAUUUUGGAAACUCCGCGCUUCGGACGCAAGAGCAAUUUUCUCUUCGUGCCCGGGACGAAGGUCACCUUUGAGUGCAAUCAAGAUUUUACUCUAAUCGGAGACACGAGAAGAACUUGCAUGCCUAAUGGCAGAUGGGAUACACCGGAGUACGGUUAUACGGAGUGUUUACGUCAGGUCGAGUAUGCUCAGCGAACGGCUUGGACAACGAUGGGUAUUAUUUGCGCGGUCUUAUUACCGGUCGUGUUAAUCAUCGCGUUCGUAUUUGUUUGCAUCCGAAACAAUAAUGGUAGUGAUAAUAGAAACAAAAAGGGGGAUAGUUCGGCAAGGUCAUGGCGUUUCUCGGGUCGCUAUUCUGAGCGCGGGCCUGGUUACGAUAACGAUUCGUCUCUAUCGCGACAAGUGACACCAUUAAAGUCUUACGAACGAACUGUAUCGCCGGUUAGCGAUUCUAGUACGAGUACGAGCGGCGGUGGCAGCGGGAGUAGCACGAGAAAGCGUCGCACAUAUGACAAAGUUUAUCGCACUCAUGAACCGCUCCCCGAUCGUCCGAACAGCGUUUUCGAGGAAAAAGAUUGGGAUCUUAAAAUUCCAAAUUCUCCGAACGGUUCCGACACCACUACCGAUUCUCUCCAAAAAGCCGCAACCGGAAGCGUCAGCAGAGAGAGCGACGUGUAGCGAGCAUCCCGAUUUACCUCAUUUUUUCAAAUAUCUUCAUCGUACUGUUAUUCUAUCAUAUUUUACCGCGAAAUUCCUCAUUCAAUCGAACGUCAUUUGCAAAUCGCACUCCCUCGUUGUAAAAUAUAAUCGCGCGAGAUCGGCCCUUUCAGUGAAUCGAUUUCGUGACCUUUGACCUGUUGCCGAGUGCCUUUUACCAAGCGAGCCAUCGUUUGAGUGACCAAUUUUUUUAUAAGCUCAAAUGAGCCAUCUUGUCGCAGUGUCGUACUAAAUGAGGCGAAUAACCUCGUCGGUCUUACUCAUUGACAAGUAAUUGACACUAUUUCUCAAAUAUCCUGAUCAGUAUUUACUGUGGAAUAGAAAUUCGUUCGUGGUUAUUUACACUUUAUACAUCAAUAUAUGGAUACUACUUACCGGAAACUUUGUGUCUUCUGAAUUUUUUGUAAUUCACCUCAACUACGAAUUGUAACAGACUUUUGUAACGAAUAUUUUUAAUAAACUUUUACACACAUA